AUGCCUCUCUCUGGACACUGCCUUUGCAAAGCCGUCACCUACAAGGUCGAGGACGAGCCUCUCCUUGUUGGCUACGACCACUGUGACGACUGCCAACGCCAGAGUGGUUCUACCUACUCUCUCGUUGCUGUUGUCAAGAAGGACAAGCUCACCAUCAACGGCCCUGUCAAGACCUACUCCGGCACCAAGGGCUCAUCUGGCAACAUCGUCCACCGUCUCUUCUGCGGCGAGUGCGGUUCUCCCAUCGCUCAUGACCCCGAUGCCGCUCCUGAGAUUAUCGCCCUGAAGGCUGGUACCCUCGACACCGAGAUCAAGAAGAACCUCAAGCCUGAUACCGAGAUCUGGACCGCCGGAAAGCUGCCUUUCUGCCAGGAGCACCUCGCCAAGCCUUUCACUCACAUGCCCGAGUAA